CGUCUCCGAAAGAGGGGAAGCUGAAAUGUCGAGACCAUGGUUGAGACACCAGUAUCACGUAGCCGUGACAGGUUCCCCGCACACCACACAGGUAUAAGUAUCCUGCUUGUUUCCUUCACAUCAAACAAUCAUAGCAUAGUACGUACUAGGAACAUCAACUUUAUACAAUCCCAAUAGUUCUCCAUUUAAUUCACCGAUAACAUGCCUCUCUACCUUGAUCCCAACGCAUGCUACCGCAUCACCUCCGCCAACCGUACCGGUGACCUGCAAGGCGAAUCCGCCAGUCUCAACUCGCUCAAAAGCCCUGCCAACACCCUGACCGCCUUGCCAAACAACAACACACCUACGCUAGCCAACAUCUCCAUGAUGGGCCCCUCGGCUGAAAAAGGCCAGCUUUGGGUCUUCCGCUGGGUCGCCGACGUCCAACCCAACGGUUUUAUCUGGACGCUGCACAACCUCCAUACAGGUCUCACCCAUUGCAUUGAGCGAAAUGCUGACGGGACGCUCAACAUUGGCAAGCUCGACAGCAAGGCGAAGGAUAACCAGAUGUGGUAUUUUGAAAUUGCGCCGACGGGCAAUGCUAAGUGGAUGAUGCAAGACAGGCAAGGCCAGAAUUUCGAUGUCAAAAAGGGGUCGUCGCAGGUCAAGGUCUUGCCGUCGAAGGAAGCAGAUGGAGGGGAGAAGACGUUGUGGGAUUUCAAGUUUGUGCGACCGGCUACUAUUGGGCAGAACGGUGAGUUGUCUUGAUGAGAUAGUGGUUAUCAGGUAUAUAUAAACUCGCAGUAGUCCUAGCUUGCAAUGAACACUUAUGAGCAAUGGAAGAAUCGCGCGCUCACCAUUUUUGGUAGUGCAUGUUCAUGAGAUAGAGAAUUAUAAGAAAACCG